CCCUCCCUCUCGCCAAAAUCAGCCGCACCUGAAAAGCGGUUCCAAGAAGUUGGGACGCAGAGGAUGAUCGGUGGUGGGGUGUGUUCAGAGGGCUUCCUGAGGGGAGGGAGAAAAAUUCCUGAGGAAGGGUACCGCAGGAAUGUUCUGCCAGUACCGGCACUCGGGUAAUCGUGGACGGUGCAAAAGGAAAGAAACAUGAUAUCGUGCUUCCCUACCGCUUUCGUAUCAUACAUACCAUACCGGCACGCGCGUGUAAGUAAAAGCAAGGUAUAAGUACCCAAGUAUCCAGAGGAUGAAAAUAUGUGCAUCCUGUGAUUCUUGUCUACCGUAUGGUACUGCUCAAAGAGAACCCCUCUUCGCCGGGGGCUCCAGAAAACAUUUCGGCUUAACUCAGGCUGCGGCGUCGCUGGAGGGGAUAAACUGGGGGGAAGUCGGCCCAUGUAAUGGACAGCAGGACAGAACCACCACCAGGGACGAGAGAGUACCCGCAGGGUACAGGCAUUACGUUCGUACAAUGUAUUUUACAAAAAGGUGAAGUUAUCAUACAAGAUGCCUCCUUGGCCGUAAUCCCAGGUAAUUGUGACAGGCACCAAGCCAAACGCGGUUUCUUGGCAACCCCACGAGCCUCAGACCUUUAAAGGUUCGGUCUUCCUCAAAUCAUGAGGUCCAGGGUUAGGAUUCGCGCACUUGUUUACCACAUUUCCCAACUAAAUGUGUUUAAGCCACAGAGGGCCGCCUCUGUGGGCAGCUGGAGACACCGGGGUCCGACCUUAAGCGCGAAUGGACACACGUUGGGCCGGUAAAUUCGCAACAAAUGGGGGGUGAAGGUCUGAAAACGGUCGUUCGACGGAGCCAUGGUGAACAGCACGGCAUUGGUUCUUCAAGACGACUUAAGCUAUAAAACAUUAUAGCUUGUCCAUCCAGCCAUACGGAGGUUGUCUGCAUGAUACCAUGCCCCAGUGAAUCAAAAAAAGAUUUGUCUCCUGGACAUCCUGACCAUGGCGAUAGGAGGUCCAAGAUUUCGGGCCCGGAAUCAGGGCGGGGGGGCUGUACCGGUAUGUGGGCUGUCCUCGAGUACCAUUACCCCAAAUUCUUUCCAGUCGAUCAAAAAAAGUAACAAGAAGGCCAUUCAAACUCAAAUUAUCCCUAUUCGAAUAAAAUACCGUAAAUAAAUAAAAAAAAGCCAGGGAGGAAGGGGAAGCGGCAUGAGCUGCUUGGCUGUGACGAACUUGAACCGCAUACUCGGGGGAAAGUGAACUCCGCUCUCCAUCCAGCUCUCCCUUCAUUUCCACUCAGAUAAAUAAAAAACGUUACUGCUCCGCAUGCCGGCCCACUCUGUCCUCAUUUCUAUUUUUCCUGCAGUACCCUCACAGUCUACCGGUCGCUUGCAGAGCUUCUGAGUCCUCCGUCUCCGAUACCGGUAUUCGCUGAUUACCGUGCCUCGACUUGGUGUCGUCUGAGCGUUCCAACCGUAGGCGGGAAACACACACGGACACAGACUGGAACAAGAACGGACGGACAGCGAAAAGUCAGACUGGAGGACAGAUUGGUGCCUUGCCUACGUGGAAUUACAGACCUGCGGUACCUGGCUGCCGGUUAGUGUGUGGUGGGAGGGAGGUGAGAAAACACCUCGCGAGAUUUUUCUCCCAUCGGUGGUCCAUCCUAUUUCUCAACACUUCUGGAGACCUCUUUCAGCUUCAGUUGUCUGCUUGGCUUCAACAUUCUGCAUCCUCACAAAAGAGUACCUGCUGUGUUCUCCCUUUUUGCUACUGCAUUUCGGUAGACUGCCGAAUCACCGUCAGCUGUUCUCUUUUCAACCCCCCACCUAACGGAAAAAAAUAAGGGAAAAACAAAAAACAGGUUUUUCAAAGCUGGGCGUGUUUUCCCCUCUAUAAGCAGUUGUCACUGCUGUUUGUGACAGGAUGGUGCACAUAAACCUCCCCUCACGUCUUGGACGCUCAAAGACCAGUGCAUCGAGGAAUAGCUCUAAAAACGCCUCACCGAUCCCCAGCCGGACCGGGUCACCAAAACUCAUGAACGACAGUACUCUGGUUUUGAAGGCCACGGUGGUCCAGGUGAGCUGAUUCCGUGUGACCGCGUAUAUAAACGCAAUGAAGACGUUGCUGACGGUGGGGAAAACUGUCUAGGGUCGAAACUUGGCUCCAAAGGACAAGAAUGGAUUCAGUGACCCCGUAAGAUUUCUCGAUUUCCUCCACUCCCUAGUCACUUUCCAUAGAAAGUGGACUAAAUUACGGACCGCUCUAGUAUCUCGUUCUCUCUUUAGGGGAUUACCGAUUCCAAACAGAGGCAAUUCAGAAAACACUCGACCCGACAUGGAAUGACACCUUUGAGAUGCCCCUUAGCGGUGUCAGCACCUCAACGGUGUCGUGUGUAUGUUGGGAUAAGGACAUAAUCGGGAAGGUAGACCGCCCUGUGAUUACCCGCUUCUGGAGUGAUUAAAUAUUGACGCGUUCCCGCACAACUAGGACUAUAUGGGAGAAUUUGAGGCCUCGCUGGAGGAUAUGUUCUUAAAUGGGGCGGUCAACCCAGAGGUCCGCAAUUGUUCCAUCCAGCAUGGUAAAAACGUCUCUAAUGCUUCGUCGGUUACAGCCUCGAUGGUUCCCGUUAAAAUCCAGCCGCAAGAAGGCUCAAAUUUCUGGCGAGAUACAGCUACAAUUUUCUUUGUCCGAUAGCUCAAAUGAAGCUGCUCCGCCUGAAGAAGUUGCGGCAAAAUGGCAGGCAUGGCAGGGCAACUUCGUGACAACUCCAAAUCCUAGCGGGGAUGAUCAGGACCCUCUCUCUCAGGAUCUUGGAGAUGAGCUCCAAUCGGAAGACGAUGACGAAGUUGGUGACACGGACAGUAUUAUGGCAGGGAAGAAGACAAAGAAGAAGGGGAAGAAGAAGGGGAAGAGAAUUAAGAAAGGUGGCCACUACGAGCUCUUUAAUGGGACUGAUGUUGUUGGCGUCAUCUUUCUGGAGAUCAAUUGCAUCACAGAUUUGCCCCCAGAAAGAAACAGUCAGUUGGCUCAACACCCCGCUAAAGAGAGCAAUUCUGACCAACACAGUGACACGUACCGGGUUUGACAUGGAUCCCUUUGUUGUUGUCUCUCUUGGAAAAUCGACCUUUCGUACUCGACAUAUCCGACAUUCACUAAACCCCGUAUUUGAUGAGAAAAUGGUGUUCCAAGUUCUUCGACAGGAACAGAAUUAUAGCUUGAACUUCGCCGUUGUGGAUCGGGAUAAGUUCUCAUCAAACGACUUUGUAGCCCAAACCAACUUUGCACUAAAGGAGAUCAUUGAAACCCAGCCGUCAGCAGACCCAGAGACUGGAUUGUACAAUCUGCGGGAACCGCUCAAGGACGAGAACUCGGUAAGCCCUAUUUCUCCUGGGUUGAAGCCGGGCAAUGGAAGCAAGUCGCGAUUCCGUCUCCCUCUACCCAGGUCUACAUCAGGAACCAGUUUAUCCGCUAAGUCCAAUAGCCGGGCUGAGCUCAGUCGUAAGACUUCCUCCACCUCUCUGCAAAGUACGCUUGAUACCCUGCCCCUGGGCGGAGAGGAGGCAGCCACAUCGCUAUCUGGGAACAAGGCCAUCCCCGUAAAUGAUACGACUGAGUAUGAUCUAAAGCAAUUUAAAUUGUUGCUCCCAUUGAAGAACAAGGAGAGAUGGGAAGACAAACAUAACCCUGAGCUUUUCAUUAAGGCCAAAUAUGUCCCGUAUCCUGCCUUAAGGCAGCAAUUUUGGAGGGUUAUGCUACGUCAGUAUGAUGCCGAUGAUAGUGGUAUGAUCAGCCGUGUCGAGCUUACAACUAUGCUUGACACGCUCGGGUCAACACUGUCGGCACACACCAUCGAUAGCUACUUCGAAAGAUUUAGAAAUCAAAACGGGUACGACAGCUUGGAAAACACCGAGUUAACGGUAGACCAAGCAGUUAUCUGUCUUGAGGAUCAGCUUUCGUCAUCGACACCAAGGACACCAUCGCAUCUCACACCGCACCUACGCCAGCUGCCAAUCCCUGGAUUGAAGGAUCGCGACAAUGAGCGAGACGAUGCAUCGCAGAAGUCAUUAGACACAAGCACUGGCUCAGAAACUCCUGACCCCCGCAGCAGCUCCGCUGUAUCUUUGCCCAAGAUACAAACCCAGCCUGUUCUUGGUCCUGCAGGCGAGGAGGGUCUGCUGCUUGGGGAGAACGAUCUUGUGGAUGAGAAGGCGGAGGAGCAUGUGAUCCAGCUGAAGGAAUGCCCACUCUGUCAUCAGCCAAGGCUCCACAAGCGUUCGGAGGUCGAUAUCGUCACACAUCUGGCGACCUGUGCAUCACAAGAUUGGCGACAGGUUGACAAACUCGUCAUGGGAGGGUUUGUCACAUCAAGUCAAGCACAGCGCAAAUGGUACUCUAAGGUUUGUACAGGAUCUCGUGGUUUUCCAAUGGCAUGGGACUGAGAUUCUGCAGGUCAUAUCAAAAAUUUCAUACGGAGGUUACAAACUAGGCGCCAACUCGGCCAACAUCCUAGUCCAAGACAGAAUAACUGGGCAGAUUCAAGAAGAGCGUAUGAGCGUCUAUGUCCGACUUGGCAUCAGAUUGCUCUACAAGGGUCUUAGUAGCAGCAGUAUGGAAAAUAAAAAGAGUACGGUAACCCAAAUCUCCCAGCUCUACGCAUAACAGGAACACUGGUUUAUUGAUUUUCUAAGUCAAAAAAUUACUUUAUUCCCUUAGUGUCAAGCAGGGCAAGAAGUUUGACAACCCAGCCUCCUCUCGCGACAUCAAAGGCUUUAUUGCUUUCCAUCAGCUGGAUUUGUCCGAGGUUCUACUACCACUCGAUCAGUUCAAGACGUGAGACCCUUUCCCUAUGUUGUCCUGCCGCCUUUAUAUUGAUAUGCGAUAGAUUCAAUGAAUUCUUUUAUCGAGCCCUAAAGCCGGGUGCCCGCCCGUGCUCGGCACCGGACAACCCGAAAGUCAUUGUCUCACCUGCAGAUUGCCGGAGCGUUAUGUUUAACAGGAUCGAUGACGCAACCAAGAUAUGGGUCAAGGGUCGGGAGUUUACAAUUGCAAGGCUUCUCGGGAAUGCGUAUCCGGAGGAUGUUAAGCGAUAUGAGAAGGGUGCUUUGGGAAUAUUCAGACUUGCACCUCAAGAUUACCACCGGUUUCAUCACCCAGUUGAUGGUCUCAUGGGAGAACCUAAGCUUAUCAAGGGGGAGUACUAUACUGUCAACCCUAUGGCUAUCCGCUCAGCGUAGGUGAUCCCAAACCUGCCCCAUCGCGAAUUUAGUUAACUUUAAUUCUUAGCUUGGACGUUUAUGGGGAAAACGUCCGCAUAUGUGUCCCCGUCGAUUCCCCAGAUUUUGGUAGGGUUAUGAUCAUCUGUGUUGGGGCAAUGAUGGUCGGGAGCACAGUCAUCACGGCAAAGGCGGGACAACAGGUCAAACGAACCGAUGAAUUAGGAUAUUUUCAAUUCGGUAUAUACCACUCCGCGGGCCCUUCGAAACCAGAACCAGAGAUGUGACUAAUACAUUCGAUAGGUGGAAGUACCAUUGUCCUACUAUUCGAGCCUGGAAGGAUGGUUUUCGACGAUGAUUUAGUUAGUAACUCGAACACAGCCCUCGAGACACUAAUCCGCGUUGGGAUGUCCAUUGGGCACAGCCCGGGCACAGCCAUGGUGUCCGAGAAAAAAGAGAACGUUACAGAAGAAGAUAAGAUGGAGGCCAGAAGACGUAUUGAAGGCAGCCUAGCGCCACCUGCCAAUUAGGUAUGUGGCCUGUAUGCAAUCCCGCAACCGAACAAGCCAUUCUGAUUUGCUCUUAGACCAGAACAGAGUGAUGCCCUGGGAAUGGAUAAAAAUUAUGUGGAUAUUUGAUUGACUAGAGGCGCAUUUAUAGGAUGAGGGUUGUGAUUGUCCUUGUUUUUUUUUCUUUUUCCUUUCUUUUUUGGUUUGGAUAUAUCCAAGUAGCAACCACACCAGAUCGCUCUGGUGAUGGGAACAUUCAACAUGAUUCAGCGAGGUUAUCUUUCAG